CCACAAGCAAUGGCCCUUAGCUCCCAAAUCUCAGCUUCUCUCACAAAAUCCCAGUUCCGACGCAAUCCGUUCAAUUCCCACCUCAAUCCCAGAAAACCCUCCAAUUUCCUCACAAUCAGCUGCAGCCAAAGCCAGCCCAGUGAAAACCAAGACUCAAAUGCGGCGAGCAAAAAGCAAAAGAAGCUGUCCGAACAAUCCUCAUGGGAAUCGAAGGAUUCCGCGGGCAAAGACUACUUGUACAGGCUUGGGUCGGAGGCCGACAACAUGAACAUUGCCGUUGGAGCUAGGGCUGGCAUCAUCGAUGACCUCUUCACCGGCACUUUUCUCGGCAAAGACGGGUAUUUACUGAGAUUGAAUUUGCCAGCGGAUAUUGUGUUUGAUUACCGGCAAAAGGCCACGAGGUCGUUCGAGUACCUUCAGGGGGAUUAUUACAUUGCGCCGCUUUUCCUGGAUAAAGUCGAGAAAAUAAUGGUGUAUAUUUCUAAUGCUUUUAUUGUUUCAAUUGCAGUAUGCCAUAUUGUGAAGAACUAUAUUGCUCAUCUUCUCGAUGUGAAAGUUCCACUGAUUUUAGGAAUAUGGGGAGGAAAAGGGCAAGGUAAAACUUUUCAAACCGAACUAAUUUUCCGGGCGCUGGGGCUCGAACCUAUUAUCAUGUCAGCUGGCGAACUGGAAUCAGAAAGAGCAGGAGAACCAGGAAAAUUGAUUCGUGAACGGUACAGAACUGCUUCUCAAGUGGUUCAGAACCAAGGAAAAAUGAGCUGUUUGAUGAUCAAUGAUAUUGAUGCUGGACUGGGUAGAUUUGGUGACACUCAAGUGACUGUCAAUAACCAAAUAGUGGUUGGGACUCUCAUGAAUAUAGCAGAUAAUCCCACAAGAGUAAGCAUAGGGCAAGUUUGGAGAGACUCAGACAUUACAAACAGAAUCCCAAUUAUUGUCACUGGAAAUGAUUUUACAACACUUUAUGCUCCAUUGAUCCGUGACGGAAGGAUGGAUAAGUUCUACUGGCAACCCACUCAAGAUGACAUUGUAAACAUUGUCCGGAGAAUGUAUGAGAAAGACGGCAUAACAAGGGAUGAAGUUGUUAGCAUUGUGAGGGAAUUUCCCAAUCAAGCAUUGGACUUUUAUGGUGCUCUUAGGUCAAGAACAUAUGACCGUUCAAUCCUAAAGUGGGUAAACGAUGCUGGAGGUGCGGAAAAUCUUGGGACAAGACUUCUCAAACAGAAAAAGGAAGGAAAACUUCCAGUAUUUACAGCUCCAAAGCAAACUGUGGAAGCUUUACUUGAAUCGGGGUAUGAUCUCGUUAAAGAGCAAAAGCUUAUAAUGGAAACAAAGCUUUCUAAAGAAUACAUGAAGAACAUCGAUGACUAGCAAGUUUAAUGACUCUCAUUUUACACUCGAUCUUUUGGUGUUCUGUAUUGUACUGAUCUUGGGAACGGAUAUUCUUAAUGAGAAAUAGAACUUAUUUGAAGUAGCUCAUUUUGUACAGAGAAGCCUAUGUGUGAACAAUGACUAAUCUUACUCAUCCUUUGUGAGCAAUUUUUGUUUUCUUGCAUUUUUCAAGUUUCAGUUAAAAUAA